AUGUCCCGGACAUCGCUAGCAACGCCCUGCCCGACCAACGGUCUGGGUAGCAUAGCAUCACGACACAGUAUAUCGGACGAUACGACUACUAACAUCGAAUAUACGCGAGCAUUUGAACCAUCACUGAAAGCUACCAAGCCGAGGAGAAGUUCAAUGUUUCCAAGCAAGGCGGCGAAGAGAGCGCCGGUCACCAUCUUUGAGGAUGUCGCGGAGGAUGAGGACUUGGUCGUAGCGGAACGCCUGCCAAACGCUCAAGGUAAGACGCUACUUUCCAAACCGGCGCGUAAGCCGGUGAUGACGGCGGCGGUGGCGGCGGGCAGUGGCAUUGAGCAACGAGCGAGCGGUUUGAUGGAGGUCGGGCAGAGCAGGAGCAGAUUGUCUUUGGCCAAGGACGCGAGGAUUGGCUCGGGCCAGGUUGGCCGUGUUGGUGGUACUGAGGUUGUUAGUGGAGAGGAUCGAGUCGAAGUGGGUGGUGUAUUGAAGAAGGAAGCGAGGAGGAGGACCAUCUUCAUGCCAAGCGAUGAUACCACGAUGCUGACUAUUCACCCCGGUGCGCAUGCGUCGAAUCGCUUGGAAGACACCUUCCAGCUCAGCCGUACGACCAAUAUCACACAGCAAGAGCCAAUGGAGACGAAGCAGAAGGAUAUCUCGAAGCCAGGCCGCAGACCUAGGAAGUCUUUGGCUGUAGCUCCACGACGUAUUCCUCUCCAGCAGUCUUUCGAGGAUCUCAACAAGCAGAUCGAACCGUGGGAUGUCUGUGGCGAUAACACUGGCAAAGAGAAUUUGCCUCCAAUGGCGGAGAAGAUGCUCGACUUGAAGCCUUUCGUCGGCGUCAGCCGACCAGAUGCUGCGCGCGCUGGGUCCCGUCCCAGCAUAUACCAGCCGACUGCGGCCUCGCUCCGGAGACAGCCUACUGUGAGCCGUACUGCAGUGCCAAUUACAGCACCAGUCGCGCCGAGAGUGACCAGCACCACGGUGUCGAGCAGAGUCACAGCGAUGCCACCGCUUCGCGAUACGAACGUGAAUCGCAGUCAAGCAGCGGCUUCCAAGCCAAGGACCAUCAUUCUGGGCUAUUCUGGGAGGAAGACUAAUGUUGGAAAGGAAGAAGCUAUGAGGCGCCUGGAGAGAGAGGUUGUGAAGCUGUGUCUCUACCCUGUGCUCUCAGAAGAUCUUGCCCAACCCGAGCUCUACGAAAACAGCUGGCUGAGACAGCAGGAGGUCGCGCUGACGGAGGUGGUCAAUGGCAUCUUUGCAUCGACCGAUGCGCUUGCAAAGGCUUCCUCAGUCUCCGCCAUGCGCAAGGCCUUUGUCGAUGUCUACCACCGGGCUGAAGUCACCAUGUUGCACAAGCGGCUGCAGGCGUCGCUUCUCUACGGAGCUCUGAGCAAGCCCAAGACGGCGACAUUCCUGCGUGAUCUGAGCCGUGACAUUGGACUACGAAAGCGCUUCAUGACGCUUUGGCUUGACUCCUACAACGAAGACGCUCUUCGCACCGCUGCUGAGAUUGUGGUUGGUAGACAAGUCCCACGAAGCUCACCCUCAGGUUCAGCAAAGGGAAUCUCGGAGGCGGAGAACGUCCUCGAUCGUCUCUCAGGCCGGCGUGCACUCACCAAAUUCCUAGAGACCUUCUUCGCAGCACCAGUGGACAUCGACGCUUCCGAGGCGCAAUUCAGCACAAGCGCAGAGACUGUCCGCUGGCGGAAGACCAUGCUUCGCAGUCUCAUGCUGGUUUGGCUACUGGACGAGGCCAAGGUGACCGGCAUCGUUACGGGCUGUCUGUACAAGCGAUCAGCAGUCGCAAAGUCCUCGACUGCUGUGCUUCAUGAGCUAUCGGGUAUGCUCAUGCCUUCGGUCGGCGACAUUACUCGUGCUCUUAAGCAAAUGGACUAUGAGGUCCACCACGUUCAGGAUCCUCUGGACGAAGUGAAGUACCAUGUUGAAAACCUAGCCGUUGGCCUUCGCGAUGGUGUUCUGCUCGCUCACCUUGUUGAAGUCCUGCUGUAUAGCAACAAGAGCGUGAAAAAGGUCCCAGACGAUGUUACCAUCACGAUGCCGGACACCACCACCUUGACAAGCCAGUAUUGGACCUCUGGCGUUCUUCGCAACAACCGCAUGUUAUCUCAGCAUCUCAAGAUGCCGGCCAUCGGCCAUGCACAGAAGACGUUCAACGUUCAGCUAGCCCUCAGUGCCCUGGAAUGUCACGACGUUCGUGCGGCGAAUGUGGUCGGUGACAUCACGGCAGACGACAUCGUCUCUGGGCAUCGCGAGAAGAGUCUUAGUCUUCUGUGGUCUCUUGUCACCGUCUUCGGUCUCACGCAUCUGAUCGAUUGCAAGGCGCUAGCGGCAGAUGUGCAGCGAAAGGCAGGAGGUGCUUGCAACCAGGCACAAUUGAGUAUUGACGAGCCGGAGAUGCUGCUGCAAGAGUGGGCUGCAGCAUAUGCCAACAGGUCCGAGGUCAACAAGGUUACAAACCUGACGACAUCAUUUGCAGAUGGCCAAGCAUACGCCGCAAUCAUCGACGGCUUUUCGACAUAUAUGCCAGCAGGUGUCACGACUAAGCGCUCUUCCGGCGACGGCAACGCAACGCUUGAAGCCCGACUUGAGUCAUUGGGUUGUAGCAAGGCGUUCACGACGCAGCUCGCGUCUACUGUUGGCAACAUCCCAAGCCGCGAGACCACGAUCUCGAACUUGGCGUUCCUGGCUUCACGACUGCUGCCUCUGGCCGGGAUACACCAUGCUGCAGCCACCAUCCAGCGCGCGUUCCGGCAGAAGCGGGCCCGCACUGUCGCGUCGCAACGUAUUGCGCUCAUGCGCAUGGCUCGUGACUGUGCCACAGUGGUCCAGACUGGCCAACGCAUUGACGCUGCAGCGACAACGAUUCAGCGUGCAUGGCGUGCUGUACUUGACGCUCGUCUCAGGAAGAUGAGCAACGACAUCACUCGGUUCCAGACUAUGGCUCGUGGCUGGUCUGCAAGACGUAUCGCUCGUGGGUCUGGCGCUGUCGCUCCUCAGCGAGUGAUGUGUGGCUGGUAA